AUGCCGCCUCAGAACUCCGGUGCUGGGGGCCGCGUUGGCACGGGUGCCGAAGAUGCCGGCGGCCCCAAGUUCAAGAAACGGUCGGCAUCACCAAAGCCGCAUGCCGCUUCCAAUUCUUCGACCGUGCCAGAACCAGAGGUUGCCAAGGCGAAGGGAUCCUUGCACGGUUCGAAGCCACGACGAAUCCGACAACCAGCAGGACUCCGGUCGAAUGUGCUGCGGCUGUAUUGUGCUACGGCCUGCUGCUUCAUGAUUUUCGCAUGGAUGGGCGAAGCACUGAGACAGGAGAUACCUGCUGGGAAAUUUCAGAAGAUGGACAAGUCCUUAAUCGAUAUCGAGGACUUCGACGUAUAUGAACUAGGUCCGUUUCCAAAAUGCCACGAACAUUUUGGCGAACAUCUUGUAAGCAAUGGCGGGGCUGAUCAAUGGGCCAAGAACUCCGAUGUUCCGCACGGUGGUCCGUAUCCACCUGGCCAUCCCGAAAAUCCGGAGUGGUUGUCGAAAUCAGCUUCGUCAUCGAAGCAAGCUGGCGACAGGUUUGGACAGCUACAAGCUCAAGUGCAGCUGGUUCUGCUUCCUGCGCUGUGUGUGAUGCUGGCUUCAAAGCAGAGUUUGUGGCUUUUCACUUCCGAGCAAGCCGCCGGAACGGUCACCCCAGUUUUGGAACAGCAGGAUGCAUACUGGCUUCCAGUUCUGGGUUCAGGAGCCCUAUUCGGCCUUUUCGUAGUUAUCAAGUUCUUAGGUCAUGAUUGGCUAAAGCAUGCAAUCACAACGGCCAUGGUUUGGAUUUCUGCGUUCGGUGUGGCAUCGAAUAUCGACACUGUCGCCCACCUGGUCCGAAAUAAACGUGGUUGCGUGGUCUCCUUUGCUCAGUUGGAGAUCUCCCUGGCAAACAUCUUUGGCAUGCCUGCAGCGGCCGCGCUCGCAGUGGCUUAUGUUUCAACCGGCCAUUGGAUCGUAAAUAACAUCCUCGGGUUCUCUUUCUGCCUGCUUGGAAUCAGGUCCAUCAACCUGUCCAGCUACGGUGCUGGGGUGGUGCUGCUGAGCGGUUUGUUCGUGUACGACGUGUUCUGGGUUUUCUUCAGCAAGCCGGUUUUUGGAGCAAACGUCAUGGUGUCGGUGGCGAAGGGAGUGGAGGCUCCAAUUAAACUAUUACUUCCGCGAGACUUCGGUGGGUGCGGAGAUCUGCAGUUUAACAUGCUGGGCCUUGGUGACAUUGCAGUUCCAGGUUUGUUCGUGUCUUUCCUUGCGAAAUGGGAUGCGGUCAACAUAGCAGCUGGUUCGAGCAAAAGCUUUGUGUAUCUGAACUUCUGCCUUCUCGCGUACAUGUUGAGUUUGAUCUUGACAGUCACGGUGAUGAUGAUCUUCCAGCAUGCUCAACCAGCUCUUCUGUACAUUUGCCCCUGCGUGCUGCUGGCUUCUCUGGCCGUGGCACUUGCACGCGGUGAGCUGACGGAUCUGAUUGCUUUCUCAAUUCCCGAGGAAGGAGAAGCGGAAGGGAUCCAAUCGUCCCCGUCCGAUGCGGGGAAAAAGAAGCGAGCUCUCGACGGCCUGGGGGGCCUCCUGCAAGAGGCCAGUGCCGCUGCCUGCGUCGAGAUCUUGAAACCCCUAGCCUGA